GCUAAAUAAAGAGAUUAGAGCAUUAAAAGAAGAAAAAAGUCAAGAGGCUAUAAACAGAGAGUGGAAUUGUAUAGAAAUAGCAAUCAAAAAUGAGGCAAAUAAAGCUCUUCCAAAACCCAGAAAUGCAGCUAAAAGAAUGAGUAAAAGUAGUCAAAAUCCUAUUACCAAGCUUAGAACUAUCACUAAAGAAUUAAAUAAGAUAUGCAAAAAAGCUAAAAAGAACAUAGAUCAAGUAAUUCUAGUGGAUACUAUAAAAGCAAUAGAGAUAAUUAAUAAGAGCAUAGCCACAGAACUAAAAGAAAGCCCAAUAUUACAUAGUAUAACAUAG